GAAUCUCCUUCGCUUCCUUGUCUCAGGUGUCGUGUUCGCGCCAAGAAGAACACACAGAACGUUCCGUGAAUGGACCACACCAAAAACACAAAGAAUGAGUCAGAAGAUGAAGCUUGGUGACAUGCGACAACUUCACGACAAGCUGCGCCCCGGGGACAGCGACGUUGCUCCAUAGUUUUAUUUGUCCCAACGGUCAUCUCCUAGCCGAUGCUGAGCAAAAUGGUUUCGACGUCCAAACGACAGACAAACUGCUCGAUGAGUAGCUUUACCUCAUCUUACCGCAGCUUUGCUCUCGUUUGUUCCAUGUCCCGACAGGUACUACUACGCGGCGGUCUAAUAGUACUUCCACUGCUGGUCCUCCUGCUGGAGAAAUUGAGUUGCUUCGCGGCCGGAGAAGCAGCCACAGCAUCAAGAUCAACUUCAACUUCUGUGGGACGACAAGAAGAAGAACUACAGGAAGUCGACGGGCCCGGAGGUCGUGCUCGUGGCGGACGAGCAAAAAGUAGAACUACUCGCUUUUCCGCGGCGCCAUCUCGCCCCUCUUCGAGAAAAAAUGACCAACAGGGAGCCGAUGAUGUUGAUCUUGACGGAGACGGAGACGGCGAAAUAAGAAAUACAAAUUCACGAGACAGCGACGAGAACGGUUCUGCCCUUCAAGAAGAACCAGCAGUGGAGUUCUUGCAAAGCAGCGAUACUCGUUCAUCCGUUGGAGGUCCUCCACCUUUCGCUGGGUUCAGUUCUACUCCACGAAGCUUCGUGCGUGUGGUUACCGUUGACCACGCAGGGGCCAGCACUAGUACCGAUGAACAACGCCAACAACAACAAGAAGGAGCUUCUUGGGUGGAGGUAGAAAAUGAAGACGAUGACGAACGCAAGCAAAUUAUAACGCAGGGAAGAUAUCAGGAGCCCGAUGCUUUUCUUGAAACACUCAAUAAGCGGAAAAAAGCUCCAUCGACGUGCAACGACGAGAUCUGCGAUGCCGUGAUACGUGCGAAUCCGCUGGCGGAGCGGCUGCGGCGCGCCAAUGCACAGCUUCUUGCGCGGCCGCAUACAUACGCAAAUGGUGCAAAUGACCCGUCGGCAUCGUCGAAAAAAAGCAGUUUACAGUUGCUAAAUUGGCGCCUCGAUUGCCCUUGCGAGCUCGAAAGGCGGGACGAGGAAAAUCAAAAUGACGCAACAGCCUGGUCGUCCUCGCAGGUGUCGGGCGACGCAGCGGACGUCGUUGCCGCUACAGACGGAACAACGUCGACUGGGAGUACUAGUGGACGCAGUGAUGUGGUGAAUGGUCAAAAUUCGAAGGCCGGAGAGGACCGCCAUGGUGAGCAGGGAACCUCCUCCGGAUCGGACGCGUUUUGCCGGCCUGAAUUCGCGCCGACGUUCAAGACUGCCAGCGUCUUCUCAACGACACGAUGGGGUGGCUCUCAACAGGAUGACGAUGUCGAUGGCGGAGGCCUUCGCGUCAGCGCAGGCUCUGCCUCACUCGCAGUUCUUCGCGGCAACCAGCCUGAUCUGCGACCGAGGUGCCUCUCCGCGGGCCUCUACGAUCGGGAUCGGGAUGC